AGUUUCCUCAGUUCAGUAACAGUAACAUGAAAUCGUGAGUAAUUAUCUGGAGCUUCUGGUAACAGAAACAGGUAAUAGCAGGCUGCAAUGUUUUGUGUUUGCCGUCGGUUACUUCAGGUUUGCGACAGGCAGCCCAGCAGCGCGCUGGCUACGAGCUCCGUGCGACUGAGGAACGACCGCGGGUCACCUACCGAAAUGGGGCUGGGAAUUGCCACAGGAGAAAUCCUGGAUUUUUUUUUUCUCUCUCUCUUUUCUGAGAUUGAUUUUAGUCAGCUUUAUGUAAAUGCUUUAUUCACACACAAAAUACGUGAAAAGCGGGAUUCCCCCGCGUAACGCCGUGGUUCCCAGCCUCGGGCCGGACCCAGCCGCCCUCACAGCCGCCGGCCGGAGCCCUUUGAAAGCCCGGCGGCCCGGAGCCGCCCGGUGUUUUUUUUCCAGCACGCUUUUGUUCAGCGUGGAGCCACCCUCCCGCCGAACAAAGGGCCUUCCAGCCGGGAGAACUUGGACCGGGUUCAACCUCGAAAAGCAAACCGCUUCGUUCCUGCGGAGCCAACCUCACGUCUGCGCCAAGCUCACCCUCCGGCGCCGUGAGGGUUGGUCCCCGGCCCCAGGCACGCCUUCAUGGCUAUUUGUGACCGGGACACAGACACCACCUCGACGUCUGGACACCUCAGCGUGCGAGGAGACGGCCCGAGCCUGACCCGGACGAGUCCCGGAGGUGCCUGCCCGUGCGGUGCCCAGCGGCACAGCUGCUGCGGGAUUCGAACCCUCAACGCCGCGGGAGGCUCGCGGGAGGCCUCUCUCUCUCCCCCCCCCCACCGCGCCCCGCCCCGCCCCGCCUGCUGGGGUCGCUGUGUCGGCCGCGCUCCCCGCUGGCGGGGCCGCGAUCUCUGAGUCACGCGCUUCGUGAUUGGGCGGCCGCUUCCCGCCGGCCAAUGGGAGGCGGCCUCUUGCGCCGACGCGACGCUCGCCGCGGGCGCCAUCUUGCCGCCGGCCGGGGCAGCGGGAGCAGUGAGCCGUGCCGCGCCAUGCCGCACUACCAGGCCUGGGAGGAGUUCACCCGCGCCGCCGAGAAGCUCUACCUCGCCGACCCCAUGAAGGUGCGGGUUGUUCUCAAAUACCGACACUGUGAUGGGAACCUCUGUAUCAAAGUAACGGAUGAUGUAGCUUGUCUGCUGUAUAGAACAGACCAAGCACAAGACGUAAAGAAGAUCGAGAAAUUCCAUAGCCAGCUAAUGCGACUCAUGGUGUCUAAGGAAUCCCGCAGUGCUGCCAUGGAAACAGACUGAAUUGCUGAAAAGAAAAUGAAUGCUCCAGUCAUAUUUCACUGGAAGAAAAUAUCUCUGAAUUGAAUGAAUAGUGGGACAGGAGAUGCUUCUAUGUACUGAAGUGGACAAGCUGACAAGUCUGAAGUAUUUUCUUCCCCAGACUCCACUUUGGAAAACUAUGAAAAUAAAUGCUUUCAAUCGAAAGCUUAUAUUUAUUUUUGGGAAUUGAACAAGAAACUAUUCUUACACACUAAGUAUGUUAAGAAGACAAAUCUUUACAAAUGUAUAGUACUUUUGUCUGAUUUUGAUGGCCCACACGUGUAUUUCUGCAAAGUUGUGAUAAAAUUUCAUAUAGAUUUCAUUGUGUUCAAAUGUUAUGCUGAUGUAUUCUUACAGUGAGGUUUAUUAACCGAAUACUGUAGCAUGAUGACUGGAUCUAAUAAAUAUUUACGUAAAUGGUAUAUUUGGGGGGGGAGGGUAGAAGAAUGGGUGUUUUCUGAAUUGAAAUGUUAAAAUUGCCAAUGUAUACUAACGCUGUCACUAGCAGGAUUUUAGAUCUUUAUUGAUCUUGGUCAUAUGUUGUGUAACAUUAUCAGUGGUGCAGUCUGUAGAACUGUUAUUGGCUAAAUAAUUAAACUUCUCUAUUUAAAACCUUAAAGUAACACUUAGAUUUUUGCAGUUACCUAGCAAUACUCAAGCAGAUAGUUUUUCUUGUUAUGCAAAUACUGAUAUUAAAUAUCAGAAGCUUUUUUUCCAGUACUUGAACUAUUUUAUACUAGCAGGGGGAACCUUUUCCAUCCUUGCCUCAGGCAAAGAAUAUCAGCAAGACACAUUCUAGAAACUGUUGCCUAUUAUGUUAAUAGAAAAAUGCAACCAAACACUCUCCAGGGUCGUCAUUUUAGCAGCUUGCUAACUGCAUUUUCAAAUGUUAUAUGUGGCAGAUGGAUGUCAGCCAACUGAAAAAAUGGAUGAAAACCAGCUUAAUAAAUUCUUAACUACUGCUGACAAAAAUAGAUGAAUGCUCAUGUGGCUUAGACUUUUUCCCAUUGUUGCCUCUGGUACGGUGACGGAAACUUUAGCUGUCUUUUGCAAAGGCUUUUUGCUCAACAACCCAGUAGCUGAAAUUGAUACUUGCUUUGACUAGGCUUUGCAUACCUGAAACCAGAUGUUUUUUUAAUGUAAUUAUGCUAUUAAGCCAUGAAAGCGAAACAGAGCUGUACAAACACUUGUCUGUGCUGGCAUUUAAAUAUAAUAAAACAGCCCUCUUAAAUAA